AUGGCUACGCAACCUACCUCUGCUAGCUGGACACAAAACACCGCCUUCAGGACGGCGAGGACAUAUGCUACCGCCAACAAGUCCCUCAAAGAGACCUUCGCCGCCAGCCUCCCAGAGAAGAUCGAGCAGAUCAAGAAGCUGAAGAAGGAGUACGGCAACAAGGUCGUCGGCGAGGUCACCCUUGACCAGGUCUACGGCGGUGCCCGCGGCAUCAAGUCGCUCGUAUGGGAGGGCUCAGUCUUGGACUCUGAGGAGGGUAUCCGCUUCCGCGGCAAGACCAUCCCAGAAUGCCAGGAGCUCCUUCCCAAGGCACCAGGUGGCCAGGAGCCUCUCCCAGAAGGUCUCUUCUGGCUGCUCUUGACCGGCGAGGUGCCAACUGAGGAGCAAGUCCGCGCUCUCUCCGCCGAGUGGGCUGCCCGCAGCGACGUCCCAUCCUUCGUCACAGAGCUCAUCGACCGCUGCCCGAACGACUUGCACCCAAUGGCUCAGUUCUCGCUUGCCGUUACUGCUCUCGAGCACGAGUCUGCCUUUGCCAAGGCUUACGAGAAGGGCAUGAAGAAGGCGGAGUACUGGGAGCACACUUUCGAGGACAGCAUGGACUUGAUUGCCAAGCUUCCUACCAUCGCCGCCCGCAUCUACCGCAAUGUCUUCAAGGACGGCAAGGUCCCGGCUGUGCAAAAGGACAAGGAUUACGGGUACAACUUGGCCAACCAGCUUGGCUUUGCGGAAAACACCGACUUUGUUGAGCUGAUGCGUCUGUACCUCACCAUCCACUCUGACCACGAGGGCGGUAACGUCUCGGCCCACACCACUCACUUGGUCGGCUCUGCUCUCUCUUCUCCAUAUCUCUCCCUCGCCGCCGGCCUGAACGGUCUCGCCGGUCCUCUCCACGGCCUCGCCAACCAGGAAGUGCUCCGCUGGCUGCAGGAGAUGAAGAAUACUGUCGGCUCCGACCUCAGCGACGAGAACAUCAAGAAGUACCUGUGGGACACCCUCAAGUCCGGCCGUGUUGUACCAGGUUACGGCCACGCCGUGCUCCGCAAGACCGACCCACGUUACGUCUCCCAGCGCGAGUUCGCUCUCAAGCACCUUCCCGACGACGCCAUGUUCAAGCUCGUGUCGCAAGUCUACAAGAUCGCCCCUGGUGUCUUGACCGAGCACGGCAAGACCAAGAACCCUUACCCCAACGUUGACGCGCACUCGGGUGUCCUGCUCCAGUACUACGGCCUGACUGAGCAGAAUUUUUACACCGUUCUCUUCGGUGUUUCGCGUGCGCUCGGUGUACUUCCUCAGCUCAUCAUUGAUCGAGCCGUUGGUGCACCGAUCGAGCGACCCAAGUCCUUCUCCACGGAGGCUUAUGCUAAGUUGGUUGGCGCUAAGCUCUGA